CGCGAAGUCGACAACGCCAACCCCUCCAUCCUCAACGUCUCACAGCUUCCGAGCAGAAGUCGGAAAGUGACCACACCGAGGCAGGGACCGGACUCGAAAUGCGACAACAUUGUCUAUUCUAAGCGUCCAUGGCUGUGUGGGUCAUCCUCAUCAGAGGAUGAGGACCUCGAGGAGGAGUACGGCGAGGACCCUGUGGAUGCCCAGGAUAUCUACGACCUUAUUUCCCCAAUAUCAGACCCCGAACACCCUCAUACUCUGGGGCAGCUCUCGGUGGUCCAACUACCUGACAUCCACCUGACUCCUCCGCCGGCUGAACGCCGAGGAGACAAACUGGUCACGGUCACUGUUGAUCUGACACCUACCGUCAACCACUGCUCUCUUGCCACUGUCAUCGGUUUGGCAGUGCGGUACCGGCUGGAGCAGACCCUGCCGCCCAACUACCGCUUUGAUGUGAGAAUGAAGGAUGGCUCUCAUGCCCAGGACGACCAAGUCAACAAGCAACUGGGUGACAAAGAGAGAGUCGCCGCGGCUCUGGAAAACGACACACUGAAAGGCAUGCUCGACAAGAUGCUCGAGACAUGCGUGUAA